AUGUUUUCAUUCCUCUUUCUUGUCACGUUGUUAAGUUCAUGCUACUGCGACGCCAAUUCGUGUUUUGUUGGUCAGUGUAAAACAAGCGAUAUUAAAAGCUGUUCGCACUCUCUGGUAUACAACUGUAGCAGCUGCGCCUAUACGGAGGAGUGGAGAAAUAAUCGGCUUUCCCUUGUCCGGCGAACAUGUUAUUCUUACGAUUGCGACGGGUACCAUGUAGCGAGGAAUGGAAUGGCGGAGAAGAAAAUAUGUUGCCACGGUGACAAAUGCAACCAAUCAGAGAAAACUGCCAAGGCAAAACAGUUUAUAGUUCGCUGA